CUUUGGUAAGUAUCGCUGUAAUACAGCUAGUCAGUCACCAAUAUGAGGUUCUUAUCCAUAAAACCGCAACAUUCUUAACAAUAACAUAAGCGAUUUACGGUCUUUUUCUCCGUGAUUAUGGAACAAAAGUACCAGAAAGUUCAGCUGAAAAGUGUAUUAUUCUAUAAAAUAUAUGCAUUUCAUUAUGUUUACAUUGGAAAUUCUUUCAAAGUGUUGACAUAAUGUUAUGUACACUGUUUCUGAUGAUUUGUCUAAAUCAUUGCAAGAACAAAUGGACGUAACUCCGUUGAAAAAUUGAUCUAAAUUGAUCGAUCAAUCGAUUUAAAUCAUGAAAAUCAUUAAUUUUUGUUUUUUAAGAACAAAAGUGCAAAAUAUAUUGAUAUAAUUAUAAUCCUAAACUAAAUCUCAAUUCUAUGUCAAUUGAGUGUAAAUGUUAAGAAGUCCGAUAGAUGGCGAUACACAAACGUUUGAUAAAUUGAAUGGUUAUAGUGUCAAGUGUGUGCUUUAUUCAGUCAUUUUGUCGAAAUCAAUGUAACAAAAGCGCAUAGAACCCGCGCGCUAUUUUGGCUACGGUAUUGUUCGUGUACGAUUGCCAUUCGAUUGUAGAAAGAAAUAGAAAAAAUAAAUUAUGUGAUAUAUUUUUUUAUGUUUAACGGUUUUAUAUUAUCUGCUGCAAAACCAUUUAUCAACCAAUUAUUUGCAAUUACAAAGUGCAAAAAACGAAGAGUGUGCGAACCUACACGAAAUACCCGAAGUAGCAUUCAAAUCGCAAAAAUUCCAUCGAUUUUCGCUAUAUUGUCAAAUACACUUUUUUUGGCACACACAUCGCAUUGUGUGUUCGGUAUAGGAGUAAUACAUUCAUGUUGAGCUAUACCACGUGUUUGAGGUUAGCUUAGCAGCGUAGUGUCAUUGCAAUACUGAAAUUGAUUAUAAUUAAAAGACAGCUGUAGCUCUCUCGAUCGCAAAACGAAAUCGAAAAAAUAAAGAAAAAGACGACAAACGAAAUUUACACGAUAUUCGUACCUGAGACAAUCCCGUAACAGUGUAAAAUAGAUAGGAAGUGCGUCAGUGAGCUAAAAAAAAUUGUGAAAAUUGCAAUAAAUUCGACCGAGUUUACACGGAACAGAAAAACGUUUUGCGAAACAAUUUCGAUAUAGUCAAACACACAAAAAGUGCGAAUGAAACAAAAAUGAGCUCCGAAAAUCCAACAUACACAGUGGCAAUAUGCCGACCAUUAAAUCAACAACGAAUCCAAUGCGCUGGACCACAUUUUAUGAAAUAUAUACACAAAAUUCGACACGGUGUCGAUGGGAUCCUAUCGAGCGCCAGUUCCACAGACGAAAUUUCGGCCAACGAAACCGAAUUCGAAAUCGAUGUUGACUACUUGAAAAGCUUGGAUCCAAAGGAAUGGAAGGAUCAAGAUCACUAUCACGUAUUAGGAUUGAAAAAUCUAAGAUACAAUGCCAGUGAUGACGAUAUCAAGCGAGCCUAUAGGAAAAUCGUUCUGAAACAUCAUCCCGACAAAAGAAAAGCACAAGGCGAAAACGUGAACAGCGACAGCGAUUACUUCACAUGUAUAACAAAAGCAUAUGAGACUCUAGGAAAUCCAACCAAAAGACGUUCAUACGAUUCGGUCGAUCCAUUGUUUGAUGACUCAUUGCCAACACAAAGUGAAAUUAAUAAGAAUUUCUUCGAGACUUUUUCCAAGUAUUUCGGCCUAAAUGCACGAUGGAGCGAAAAGAAGAAAGUUCCAGAAAUAGGAGAUGAAAAUGCCAAUAGACAACAUGUGGACAACUUUUAUAAUUUCUGGUAUAGUUUUGAAUCGUGGCGUGAGUAUAGCUACUUGGAUGAAGAAGACAAGGACAAGGGGCAAGAUCGUGAAGAGCGUCGUUGGAUCGAUAAGCAAAACAAGGCCGUUCGAAUUAAGCGAAAAAAGGAGGAAAUGUCACGUAUUCGAGCAUUAGUCGAUUUAGCCUAUAACAAUGAUCCUCGCAUCGUUCGUAUUAAAAAUGAGGAGAAAGAGAAGAAACAGGCGGCAAAACGUGCACGCAUGAGCGCGGUACAGGCACAAAAGGCCGAAGAGGAACGCAUUCUCAAAGAGGCACAAUUGGCCAAAGAGAAAGCCGAACAGGUCGAACAAAAGCGUAUCGAACAGAUUCGUUUGGAAAAGGAACAACAAAAGCGUGCAUUGAAGAAAGAGCGAAAAAGUUUGCGCGACAUGGCCAAAGAAAACAAUUAUUAUUCAACUAGUGACAAAGAACGAAUCAAAAACAUGGAAGGCGUGGAAAAGAUAUGCGAAAUGCUAAAACAUCUAGAAUUGCAAAGUUUCAAUAAAGAAUUGACAAGUGGCGGCCGGAAUUGUUUCAUCAAAAUGUUGAAACAAACCGAAGAGAAAUUGGAGGAAGAACGGCUAGCCGUAUUUGGGGCUAGUAAAACAGUUGCAGCCGCACAACAAGCCCAACAAGCGAAACAGAAUACGGCCGUAAAGGCGGUUGAUAAAAGUGCAAUGUGGAGCCCGGAGAAUAUGCAAGUUCUUAUUAAAGCCGUAAAUCUAUUUCCGGCUGGAACGGUGCAACGAUGGGAAGUCAUUGCCAACUAUUUGAAUCAACACUGCACCAAUUUAUCGAAUCGAAAAUUUGCCGCACGUGAUGUCCUGAAUAAAGCCAAGGAUUUGCAGAGUAGCGAUUUCGCACACAAUAGUCUCAAAACGCAAGCAAACAAUAACGCAUUCGAAUCAUUUGAGAAGACGAAGAAAGAGCUGAAAAUCGUUGACAAUGCUGAAAUCAGUGUAAACAAUGAGAAUGAUGCUGGUGUGACUAAAAAAGGUAAGAAACCGGAAACCAAUGGCACAACAUCAAAGAAACCAGCCGACACAACAAAGCUGAACGGUCACGCUGAGAAGAGCGAAAAGAAUGAGAAGAGUGAAAAGCCAGCCACAUCAAACGGAACACCAGCACCAGCUCCAACAUCGGCUCCAGCCCCAACAGCAGCCAAUACAACCGCAUGGGGCAAAGACGAACAAGCACUGCUUGAGCAGGCUAUGAAAACAUAUCCCGUGUCAACACCGGAUCGUUGGGAUCGUAUCGCUGAAUGCAUACCAAAUCGAUCGAAAAAGGAUUGCCUACGACGUGUCAAAGAACUCGUUGAUCUGGUUAACGCAAAACGUGAAGCACAACAAGCUGCCAAAUAGUGUCAACCAAUUGCGAUCCUUAGUCGAAUUUCUUUAAAAAUAAAUUGUUUCUCAAUUUAAAUAAAAAAAAACAACAAAAAGCAAAACAACAACAGAAAAUUUUAAAAUAUAAAA